AUGACUUCCGAUUCGAGCUCUUCUCCUUCAUCAUCCGACACCGAAUUCGCCGAUCCGAACCCUAGUACCGAUCCAGGCACUAAUUCGGAGCGUGUUCAAAGUCAAUUGGAGUCAAUGAAUUUGUCUGAGCCAAGCGAAGUCUCUGAUGGCAGUCACACUGAUUACGGCGGCGGCGAUGACGAUGACGACGCGCCUGCGGAGGUUGCAUUGUCCAACGCGAACGAAGGCGGAUUUACCAACGGGCGUGUAGUGCGUGAAGAUCUGGCGGAAACUAGCGGAGAAGAAGGACGAGAGGCGUCGUUACGGGCGGAGCAUCCGGUGGAAAUGGAGGCAGGGGAGGAGCCGCCGAGUCCGACCAGCAGCGGUUACGAUGGAGAGAGAGGGAGCAGCGGCGGAGCUACCUCCACUUACAAAGCCGACGAUGCGAGCGAGGACGAGAUUAGGGAAGCCAAUGGGGACGGUGACACCGCCUCUCAGCAUGAAGCCGCGUGGUUGCCCGGAAAACGCCAUGUCCACGAGGAUGAUGCUUCUAUUUCUUGGAGAAAGAGGAAGAAGCAUUUCUUCAUAUUAAGUAAUUCUGGCAAACCUAUAUAUUCCAGAUAUGGAGAUGAGCAUAAGCUUGCUGGAUUUUCAGCUACUCUUCAAGCUAUUAUUUCUUUUGUGGAGAAUGGUGGUGACCGUGUCAAUUUAGUCAAGGCAGGAAAACACCAGGUUGUCUUUCUCGUGAAGGGUCCAAUAUACCUGGUCUGCAUCAGCUGUACAGAUGAAACGUAUGAUUAUUUAAGGGGGCAGUUGGAUCUUCUAUAUGGUCAGAUGAUACUAAUUUUAACAAAGUCAAUAGACAGAUGUUUCGAGAAGAAUGCAAAGUUCGACAUGUCACCCUUGCUUGGAGGGACAGAUGCAGUCUUCUCAUCUCUUGUCCAUUCAUUUAGCUGGAACCCAGCUACAUUUCUUCAUGCCUACACUUGUCUUCCCAUUCAGUAUGCGUUAAGGCAAGCUGCAGGGACCAUAUUGCAAGAAGUUUGCGCGUCUGGUGUCUUGUUCUCACUACUAAUGUGCAGACACAAGGUUAUCAGUCUUGCCGGUGCGCAGAAAGCUUCUCUCCAUCCAGAUGACUUGCUUCUACUCUCAAAUUUUGUCAUGUCUUCAGAAUCAUUCAGGACAUCAGAAUCUUUCUCACCAAUCUGCCUACCUAGAUACAACCCUCAGGCCUUUCUGCAUGCCUAUGUCCACUUCUUUGAUGAUGAUACAUAUGUGAUGUUGCUUACCACACGUUCAGAGGCCUUCUAUCAUCUCAAAGAUUGCAGGAUUCGCAUUGAGGCAGUUCUUCUCAAGUCAAAUAUUCUAAGUAUGGUUCAAAGAUCAAUCGCGGAAGGUGGAAUGCGUGUUGAGGAUUUGCCAAUAGACCGCCGGCUUCGACAGAAAGCAUCAUCUACUAAUAACCAGGGACAAGAUACCGGUGGUCCCGACAGAUUAAGGGACAUAUCUGUGGGAACAGGAGGUCCCUUUGGACUUUGGCAUUUCAUAUACCGCAGUAUAUACUUAGAUCAAUACAUAUCCUCUGAAUUCUCACUUCCAGUAACUAGUCACAGACAGCAGAAAAGUCUGUAUCGGGCAUACCAGAAACUUUAUGCUUCGAUGCAUGACAAAGGAUUGGGACCCCACAAAACUCAAUAUAGAAGAGAUGAGAAUUACACUCUUCUAUGUUGGGUCACGCCAGAUUUUGAACUCUACGCAGCAUUCGAUCCACUUGCAGACAAGGCGAUGGCGAUAAAGAUGUGCAAUCAGGUGUGCCAAAGGGUAAAAGAUUUGGAGAAUGAAGUGUUCUUGCAAGGAGCGAGCCCUUUCUCCUGGUGA